AUGUCGCGAAUACAACAAGAUCAGUUCAUCGACGAAGAUGAGGAAGAAGAAGUCUGCCCGUUGUGCGUCGAAGAGUUCGACUUGGGUGACCGAUAUUUCAAGCCUUGCCCUUGCGGCUACCAGAUAUGUCAAUUUUGUUAUAAUAACAUUAAGACGACAAUGAACGGUUUAUGCCCUGCGUGUCGAAGGCCAUACGAUGACAAGCCCUUCUCAUUUAAGAACAUAACGCAGGAAGAGCUUCUGCAGCACGAAAAGAACAAAGCUGCCCAGCAAAAAAAGAAGGCGGCUGUGAAGCAAAAAGAGGCCCAGAAGCGCGAAGCAGACAACCUCAGCCGAAAACAUCUGGCUGGUCUACGCGUACGGCAGCGAAAUCUCGUUUAUGUCACGGGUAUGCGACCAAGGAUACAGGGCGACCGGGUCGCAGAGCUACUGCGAGGGAAGGAUUACUUUGGACAAUAUGGCGAGAUAAUCAAGGUUGUUGUCAGCAAGUCUAAAGAUGCUUCUGCUACGCCAAAUCAACCGGUGGGCAUUUACGUAACGUUUGCGCGAAAAGAGGAUGCUGCGGCAUGCAUUGAAGCCAUAAAUGCCGCUGCCCAGUCAGGUGAUGGUAAGAUACGAGCGCAACACGGCACAACAAAGUAUUGUUCUGCAUACCUUCGUGGCGAGACCUGCAACAAUCGAAACUGUAUGUUCCUCCACGAGCCUGGAGAGUCAACCGAGAGUUUUACUCGACAAGAUCUUUCGAACAUGAACGCUAGCUCGACACAACAGCCAAGUCAUGCAGCAGACUCUGCACAUGUGCAGCCUCCUCCUCAACACACACAGCCUGUCGCCGCUGCUACACAGGAUCACUCCCCUCCAAGUCCCACGACUGGAGAUGGAACUGCUUUGCCAGCGGGUGCGACUUGGGCGCGACGGGGCAGUCGCGCAACUUCGUCAUCUGUUGCAAGUCCAGUCGUUACGAAUACUGUCCCUGCAAAAACAAAUGAUCAGAAGUCGAGUGGUGAUUCCCUGACAAAGCCAACUAAGGACGCAAAUUCUGAUGUUGCGCCGUCACGACCGGUAUCUUCAGCAUCAGCAACAAAACCAAAGAAGAUGCGAGAGCCAUCAGCAUUUCAAACCCUUCUGAAAAUUGCUUUCGAUCCCUCCAUCAAGUUUAAUUUUUCUCCAAUCGGCCUCUCCGACGACGACAUUAAGCUUCUCAAUACUCUACCUCCACUAUGGGAUCCGCAGGGUGGUUUCAAGAGACAACUAAUGAAGGAAAGAGAAGCGGAAGAACUUCGGAAACAGGAGGAAGCUGCCGCAGCGUUGCAAGAAGCAGCGAAAGCAGAAUCCGCAGAGCCUGAGACGGCGCAAGGUGGCAGCCUGCAAUUAGGUGGCGAACCGGAAGAACGACCCGACCGUACGUUCAACCAGCAAGCAAUGAUACAGCCUCCAUCCAGCUACCUUGAUCAGCAGCACUCUUUCGCCAAUGAUCUCACUGGACUAAGCAUACGUCAAAGCACCCCAUCGCAACAGCACCAGAAUCAAUUAUUACUUCGACAGUUGCAAUCUGCAAGUGCGGCUCAGCACCAGAUUGGAGGACAUGGCAGGCAGCCUUCCAGAUUCGCAUUCAAUGAAAUUGGAAGCUUGAAGGCAGGGGCUGGAGUUCAACAAGCAAAGGGUCUUGGUGGCUUUAGUGUACCUGCGCAGCAAAUUCCCUUUUACAGUAGUGUUCAAGGUCCGCCUCCGGGACUAAAGACAACGGGUACACCGCCUGUCAACGGUGGAAAUAUGUUCAGUCACGGUCAGAAUUUCACUUCCGGAUAUGCUGCUGCGGCAGUAGCAUCACGCGACCCAUUUGACGUGCGUGGUGGUCAACAACGCGGUGCUGAGGCAAAGCGUGAGUUUAUGUUCCCUUUCAGUCACAACACCUCGAAUUCGUCCACUCCCGCUCCGCCUAACAUGGGAGGAUACCCUUAUUCUCAAGAGCAGCCGCAGAACAAGCAGAAGAAAAAGGGCAAAAAGCAUAGACACGCCAACACCUCUUCUUCUGGUGGUGGAGUGAUCGAUGCCGCUGCUGAUCCUAGCAUCCUUCAAGCCCGACCAUAUGCAAAUGGCGCACCGGGCUUAAACAGUGGGCUUUACGGAGCAGGGCAGGCAGGUCAAGGUGGGCUAUCAUCAAUGUACAGCAACUACGGCCGCGCUGGUUGGUAG